CAAACCCUUUCGAUGUAUUCCGGUGUGUAGGCGGACCCAGUCAGAAAGCGGAGAAGAUGGAAGAUAGUGGUUCAUUUCUCGGCACCGUCCUCGUGACCGGAGGAUGCGGCUUCAUUGGCUCAUUCAUCGCGGAGGCCUUUGCUGCUGAGCCAUCCUGUUCUCGCAUCGUGGCAGCCUCCCGACACCCAAACCGGUUCCGCAUACCAAAAGCCGAAUAUCGUGCAUGCGACAUUACAGAUCUAGACCAAGCGAGGGCUUUGCUGGACGGAGAACGGCCGCGGGUAAUCGUCCACACCGUGUCGCCUGGCGCAUUCGCUAUCCCGUCCGAGCACUACCGGGUCACGUACCUUGGAACAAAACAUCUCCUCAAGCUCGCUAAAGAGCAUCCAAGUGUUCGGGCCUUUGUAUGGACAAGUUCGGUUAAUGCGGUCCACCUCGAUCCUAAACUCAACCACAGGCGGAUUGAUGAGCAAGAAGCCAAAAUCAAUGAUUGGAAUUCCAACGCUUCCGCAUACAGCCGGUCCAAGGGUGCUACGGAGUCUCUUGUGCUCGGUUUCAAUACGGAUGCAACGUCUGUCGACUUCUCUCAGGAUGCCGACUGGCGAGGAAAGCUUUUGACAACAAGCCUUCGUGUGACAGGGCUGUUUGGACCACGGGACGAGAAAACAAUCAAAGAGAUACUGCACUUGACCAACACUUUCGCGACAAGGAUCCAAAUUGGACCGAAUGAGCUCGUCCACUCAUGGAGUUAUGUGGAAAGCGCGGCUGAUGCUCACGUGGACGCCGCAAUGGCGCUCUUGGACAGCAGACACCUACGCCCAGAUAUGCGUGUGGACGGGGAAGCUUUCUUCAUUGCUGAUCCUGAGCCUAUGAGGCUCUGGGACUUCUCAAGAGCCGUAUGGAGAGUCGCGGGCGACGAAUACUGGAAUCGGCCAGAAGGGCAGCAGCGCGUCUUUGUGCUCCCCUUUUCAAUGAUGAUCACGAUAGCUACGAUCAGCGAGUGGGUAUACUGGUUCUUCACCCUUGGCACGAAGAGGCCAAGGAUGACGGUCGAUCACUUCGAGCUCAUGUCCAAGGGCUGCUGGUUCUCGAUUGAGAAGGCGAAGAAGAGGCUUGGAUAUCGGCCGGUCUGUGGUACCGAAGAAGGCAUUCGGAGGAGCGUAAAGUGGUUUCAAGGCAAUGGAGAUUGAGAUAAAACUACCUAAGACUCCUUCAGUAGGCGAUAACUCGGGAUGGACAGCUACUAUCAAGCCCGAUACCGCACGACCCUAGAAUGAACUCUAUUACGAACAAUCUCGAGGUCAUUCUUCCAUGC